CGGAAGGGCAACUGAUCGUGUGAGCCAGGAGACACGAAAGCAAGCACUUGCUCGGUCAGUUGCUGCCGUCCUUGUACGCGCGGCAUUGCCCCCUCUUCAAUCCCGCUCUAUAUUUGAUUCUUAUUUCUGUUUUUGUAUAUCUCUGCCCACCCCUUUUUCUCUCAUUUUAAUUGCUUAUUCGCUUGCUGCCCCUCCAGUCUAUCCCCCCAUCCAUGUGCGCUCAAAUCUGCUCCACCGCCUUCCUUGUUCAGCCGUUGCGCUGAACUCAGAUUCUAAUUUAAUAAACGAGUUGUUCGCAAUUCGUAGCUCCUCCGAGAUUUUCCCUCAAAUCUUGUUACCUGUUCGCUUCACGUCUCAGUGUUGUAGGAUACCUCUUUCCCGCAAUCCAGAACUCCGGAGUCGAGCUCUUGCCCGCCUUCUUGUUCCUCCCCACCGCGCACACACCACUACCCCACCUCCCGCUGCCAUGACUGUCGGCCGUGAGAAUGCGGCGCGCAGCAAUGGCGGGUCGGACGCGGACGGUCUCCAGAUUCGCUUUAUUCCCCUAUCCUACGACAGCGCAAACUCGAGAGAGUCGGCGCUUCGGCUCGUGCUGUCGAUCCGCCCGGACUGGGGCUCGCCCGACUCCAAUGUUGAGUUUGUGCGCUUCACCGACGGCAUCACAAACACACUGCUGAAGGCGGUCAACAAGCGACCCGGGCUCUCCAAGAACGAUGUCGACAAGGAGGCCAUUCUGCUGCGGGCUUACGGCCACGGUACCGACCUGAUCAUCGAUCGGCAUCGCGAGACGCAGAACCACGAGCUGCUCAUGAGACACGGCCUCGCUCCGGAGCUGCUUGCGCGCUUCGAGAACGGCAUGAUGUACCGCUUCAUCCAGGGCGCGGUUACCCACCCCGAGGAUCUGCGCAAGCCCGACAUCUACAAGGCCGUCGCUCGACGCUUGGCCGAGUGGCAUGCUGUCGUCCCUUGCAUAUCCGCCAAAACCGGGCACAGCCGCAAGAAUUCGAAGGCCGACGGCGCCGCGGCCUCCGCGUUGGAUGGCGGCCUUGGCGAUGCCGAAUUCCAGCAGGCCCUCGACAACGUCGCGCCCGGCAAGCCGCCGCCGAAUGUCUGGACCGUCAUGCAGAAAUGGAUCUUUGCCCUCCCCACCGAAACCGAGGCACAGAGGGCCCGGCAGGCCGAGCUACAACAGGAGCUGAAGAAGCUCGUUUCUGAGCUGAGCCAGCGGCCGGGCCUGGGUGUCAACGGGCUCGUCUUUGCCCAUUGCGAUCUUCUCAGCGGAAACGUCAUCGUGCUGCCAAACUCCCAGCUCUCCAACGGCGACAAAUCCCCCACGCCUGUAGUCGCCUUCAUCGAUUACGAAUAUGCAACCCCCUCGCCCGCCGCCUUCGACCUCGCGAACCACUUCGCGGAGUGGGGCGGUUUUGACUGCGACUACAGCGUCCUGCCGACGCGGGCACAGCGACACGAGUUUAUUGAGGAGUACAUCAACACAUACUUUACAUUCCUCGAAAAGAAGAGCCCCGGAGCCGCUGCCACUUUCGACAAGGAGGCUGAGAUCGAGCAGCUCCAUCAGGAGGUCGACCAUUUCCGAGGUGUUCCUGGCUUCUACUGGGGCAUUUGGGCUCUGAUUCAAGCUACUAUCUCUGAGAUCGAUUUUGAUUAUGCCUCCUACGCUGAGACGAGGUUAGGAGAGUAUUAUGCCUGGCGGGCCGAGGUCACUGGGGAGCGGCGAAGAUCGGGAAAGGAGAUGCCGCUGCGGGAGAAGCGAUGGGCCCAGGAGGAGUAAACCGACGACGGCCGUUGCUAAGAAGAAGAAGCGCUCUUCGCGGAUAGACACAUCUAAACAUUCAUCUCAUUUUGAUACACAGGGUGACGUUGGGGCGCCUUGGGUUUAGUGCUGCAUUCAGAUCACGGAGCAUAGGUAUAGGGGCGAUCAUUCAACAUGGGCUCGGAUACUCUACGCCAAACAUAGAUAUUUGAGCUCCGGUGCCGUCGGGACACGGCAAGCCUUGGAGUUACAUGGCGAGAAACCGGCUUAAUUAGGGCAAGAGGGCGGGGACGGUUCGGGGCUAGAAACAAGAAAGAAAGAGCAAAAAAGAAGAGUAAGCAUU